AUGGCUAAUGUAUUUUUUAAAUCAUUGCGGGCAGCAUUACCGAAUUUAAGAGCAUUACCCACCACCACUUUGACUGCUUCCUUGACUAUGUCGCUAACUGGUGCCGCUUGUCCAAUGCCUGUGCCUCCGUCGUUCAGGGGAAUGGAAGCCGAGGGCCAACCAAAUGGGUUGUUGCCUGCAAGAAAGCCGCCGGGUCUGCAGCCACCGUCGCAGUUGCAGCACGCAAGGUUACACGAACCAACUCCACAGCAACCGGAAAUGGGGGUGCAUAUUCACCGUCGUCACAAAUAA